ACACAAACGUGACCGUUCGAUUUCGAACACGAACUUCAACCAGCCGCAACCGUGUUCAACUCCAUCUUCACCGCAACCACCAUCCAUCCGUCCCGUCAAACCUCACCGCUCUACUCGCCUCACACGACGCCCACGACCUCGAUCAUCAUGUCUGCCACCACGACGCCCAACGACUCCCCGGUCCACGUCCAGCCGCUGCACAACCCAUCACAAGCAGCACACGUCGUUGUGCCGCAGGCACCGCUUGGCAAUGCGACCAACGGAGUUUCGAGCCAGGCACCCGCACCUGGGAUGGGAGCGAAGGCGCUACUGGCCAGGAAGAUGUCGAACCACAACCCGAAGUACAUAUCCCCGACUGACAAGAUGAUGACGCCCGUCAGCCAGAAGCUGAACGCAGCGAAGCAGAAGCACUUCACGAAGGGCGCAAAGCCCAUGCAGUCGCUCUUCCCCCAGAAGGAAGUGGCCUCCGACCCGGAGAGCGGCUCGGACGAGGAAGCAUCAUCAUCACCGGUCGAGAAGACGGCAGCCGACGAGAACCCGUUUAGUGCCGUCGACGACGCCCCCCCUCCCCCACAUCGUAUUGUUAUUCCCGCUUGGCUUGUACGACUAUCCGCCCGAUACCUCAUGCACCAUCCUCUUGCUACUCGUUUGUUUGUCUAGUUUGCACCAGUUAUGCAUCUUGUACUACCAUGGGCGGGCCUCAGGGCGCUGCAAUCGAUUGGAUGCAGCCGCCGUGAACCAACCAGUCUUGCUUCGAACGUCGUACC